CGCGCUGCUCAGUUCGGAUGGUAGCCGGGUGGGCGGAGGUGGUGUUUGUGCCAUGAGCGAGGCGGACGGGCUGCGGCAGCGCCGGCCCCUGCGGCCGCAGGUCGUCACGGACGAUGGCCGGGCCCUGGAGGCCAAGGACGGCAGCUCCUUUAGCAGCAGAGUUUUCCGAGUGACCUUCUUGAUGCUGGCUGUUUCCCUCACUGUUCCGCUGCUUGGAGCCAUGAUGCUGCUGGAUUCUCCCAUAGAUCCACAGCCUCUCAGCUUCAAAGAACCCCCUCUCUUGCUUGGUGUUCUGCAACCAAAUACGAAGUUACGACAGGCGGAAAGGCUAUUUGAAAACCAACUUAUUGGGCCAGAGUCCAUAGCAAAUAUUGGGGAUGUGAUGUUUACUGGUACAGCAGAUGGCCGUGUUGUAAAACUUGAGGAUGGUGAAGUAGAGACCAUCGCCCGGUUUGGUUCAGGCCCGUGCAAAACCAGAGAUGAUGAGCCUGCUUGUGGGAGACCCCUGGGCAUCCGGGCAGGGCCCAACGGGACCCUUUUUGUGGCUGAUGCAUACAAGGGACUAUUUGAAGUAAAUCCCUGGAAACGUGAAGUGAGGCUGCUGCUUUCCUCUGAGACACCCAUUGAGGGCAGGAAAAUGUCCUUUGUGAAUGAUCUUACAAUAACUCAGGAUGGGAGGAAGAUUUAUUUUACGGAUUCUAGCAGCAAAUGGCAAAGACGAGAUUAUCUGCUUCUGGUUAUGGAGGGAACGGAUGAUGGGCGCCUGCUGGAGUACGACACCGAGACCAAGGAGGUGAAGGUCUUACUGGACCGGUUGCGGUUCCCUAAUGGCGUGCAGCUCUCUCCUGCAGAGGACUUCGUCCUGGUGGCGGAGACGACCAUGGCGAGGAUAAGAAGAUUCUACGUGUCUGGCCUGAUGAAGGGCGGGGCUGACCUGUUCGUGGAGAACCUGCCUGGAUUCCCAGACAACAUCCGGCCCAGCAGCUCUGGGGGCUACUGGGUCGGCAUGGCGACCAUUCGCUCCAACCCCGGGUUUUCCAUGUUGGAUUUCUUAUCCGAGAGACCCUGUAUUAAAAGAAUGAUUUUUAAGCUGUUUAGUCAGGAGACGGUGAUGAAGUUUGUGCCACGGUACAGCCUCGUCCUAGAACUCAGCGACAGUGGGGCGUUCCAGAGAAGCCUGCAUGAUCCCGACGGGCAGGUGGUCACCUACCUCAGCGAAGUGCACGAGCAGGACGGGCAUCUGUACCUGGGCUCCUUCAGGUCCCCUUUCCUCUGCAGACUCAGCCUCCAGUCUGUGUAGCAGCCCCAACCGCAGCUGUGCCAGAGUCGUCACACUGGGCACCACACCUGGUCCAGGAGGCGCCAUGGACACAGCCCUGCUCAUCUGCCCUGCUGGUCCUGGAAUUGUGUGAUGUGCCCAGA